UGCCAAUAACAAAAACAAAAAAAAAAAACAAAAAAAAAAGAGAAAGGAACGGCAUUCAUUGGCGUUGGAUUUGGGAUCGGAGAAGAGAAGAGAAGAGAGGAGAGAUGGGAUCGGAAGGAGGAGGGUGGGGAUGGGCGAUAUACGAGGGGACGGUGGCGAUAGGGUCGUUGUGUGGGCUGGGGUGGACCGGACUCUGGUUCUUGAAUCGGCGUCUCUACAAAGAGUACGAGGAAAAGCGCGUCCUUGUUCAGAUCAUAUUCAGCGUCGUCUUCGCCUUCUCUUGCAAUCUUCUUCAGCUCGUCCUCUUCGAGAUCAUUCCUCUUCUCUCCAAACAGACGCGAUGGUUGAACUGGAAGGUGGAUUUGUUCUGUUUGAUACUGUUGCUGGUCUUCAUGCUGCCUUAUUAUCAUUGUUACUUGAUGCUCUGCAACUCCGGUGUUAGAAAGGAAAGGGCUUGUCUGGGAGCACUAGUGUUUGUGGUGGCUUUCCUUUAUGCUUUUUGGCGAAUGGGCAUUCACUUCCCUAUGCCUUCCCCUGAUAAAGGUUUCUUCACCAUGCCUCAAUUGGUUAGUAGAAUCGGCGUCAUUGGUGUUACCGUUAUGGCUGUCUUGUCUGGUUUUGGAGCUGUCAAUUUGCCUUACAGUUACCUCUCUCUCUUCAUUCGAGAGAUCGAAGAGUCAGAAAUUAAGGCCUUGGAAAGACAACUCAUGCAAUCAAUUGAGACUUGUAUUGCAAAGAAAAAGAAAAUCAUUCUUUCUCAAAUGGAGAUGGACCGUAUUCAGGGAUCCGAAGAGAAAUUAAAGGCCGGAUCUUUCCUCAGACGAAUUGUUGGUACCGUUGUCAGAUCCGUGCAAGACGACCAAAAGGAGCAAGAUAUUAAAAGCAUGGAAGCAGAGGUGCAAGCACUAGAGGAGCUUUCAAAGCAACUAUUCUUGGAAAUCUACGAGCUUCGCCAAGCCAAGGAGGCUGCGGCUUAUUCUCGGACAUGGAGGGGUCACAUGCAGAAUCUACUCGGUUACGCAUGCUCGGUGUAUUGUGUGUAUAAAAUGAUUAAGUCCUUGCAAAGUGUUGUCUUCAAGGAGGCUGGUUCAGUUGAUCCUGUAACGAUGACAAUUAGCAUAUUCUUGCAGUUUUUUGACAUUGGAAUUGAUGUGGCAUUGUUAUCACAGUAUAUUUCGCUCUUAUUCAUUGGAAUGUUGAUCGUUAUAUCAGUACGUGGUUUUUUGACAAAUCUAAUGAAGUUCUUUUUUGCAGUUUCCAGAGUUGGGAGUGGAUCUUCAAGCAAUGUUGUAUUGUUUCUCUCUGAAAUCAUGGGAAUGUACUUCGUUUCUUCCAUCCUUUUGAUAAGAAAAAGCUUGGCAACUGAUUACCGGAUCAUCAUAACAGAUGUACUGGGUGGCGAUAUCCAAUUCGACUUUUAUCACCGGUGGUUCGAUGCAAUAUUUGUGGCUAGUGCUUUCCUUUCGCUGCUUUUGCUUUCUGCGCAUUACACAUCUCGGCAGGCUGACAAGCACCCCAUUGAUUGAUUCAUGUGAUUCAAUUCCAAGUGAAACAACAUACUGGUAAUUAUACUUAUAAAACGUUCCUAAAAGGCUUUUAGAGGCUGGAAAGGAAUGAGAGCACCAGAUGAAGCUUUUGAAGGCAGAAUUCAUACUAUGUUCUGUUGCUAUCAAGGGAUUACAAACAAGGAAGAAACCACGCAACUUUAGUUUUUAUUUUUUUA